AGAUUAUCCAAAAUAACACGUAUUUGAGUUUUAAAUGGUCGGACAAAUAAAAUGAUCAUGUAGAGAGAGAAAGAGAGAUGUGUACGCUAGAGAAGCGUGGUCAACUCUUCAUACUGACAUUCACCGGCGACGGCGAGCACCGCCUCAGCCCCGCCGUUCUCGACGCCAUCCGCUCCGCCGUCCGCCGAGUCCGGUACGAUUCAUCGUCUUCCGAAUCGGUCCUCAUCACCACAGCUGAAGGCAAAUUCUUCUCCAAUGGCUACGACCUCAAUCUCGGUAAAUCAGAUCCCUCUCUUCUCCCCGUCAUGGACGCCAAACUUCGAUCUGUCGUCGCCGACCUCAUCUCCCUCCCGAUGCCGACUAUCGCCGCCGUCACCGGUCACGCUUCCGCUGCCGGAUUCAUCCUGGCUAUGAGCCACGAUUACGUCCUGAUGCGUCGCGACAGGGGAUUCCUGUACAUGAGCGAACUCGACAUCGACCUCGUGAUCCCGGAGUGGUUCAUGGCUCUGAUCAGGUUGAAGAUCGGGUCUCCGGCGGCGAAGAGGGACGUGGUGUUGACGGCGGAGAAGAUGACGGCGACAGCGGCGGUGGAGAUGGGAAUCGUGGACUCGGCUCACGGAUCGGCGGUGGAGACGGUUGAAGCCGCCGUUAGAUUGAGCGAGGAUCUUGUGAGACGAGGGUUUGAUGGACACGUGUACGGUCAGAUAAGGGAAAUGGUACUAAGAGAGGUUCUCGAUGUGAUUGGCUCACGUGAGCCUGCGUCCAGUGAGGUGCGUAACACUGGAUCGAAACUGUAGAACUAUUGUGUAAUAUAUUGUAUUGAAAGUUGUAGGCAUUUGAUUCCAUGUGUUAUGAUGUAUUUUCACGAUUACACAGAGUUCAUCGGAUUUGUUCGAAUUCGGGUUUGAGGUUA